AUGCCUUCAUUGGAAUCAGACUCCGACCGACGUGGGUCAGAUGAAGCUGACCCUGAACUCGUCGAACUGCUUCGCCAGCACCUUGGGCUGGGCGGAAAACCGAACAAGGCAGCUCCGCCCGAGACAAAGGUGCUCGAGGCUGCGCAGUACAUCUUUGAUAACUCAAUUGAUGUUGCUCUGAGUCCGACUCAGAUCAAGGAAGCUGCUGAGACUAUUUGGCGGUUGAUGCAGAAGAAGGCGUAUUCUACGCAGACAUGGUCGGAGCAUGAGCUGCACCCGCAGGAGAAAAAUGAGAGCACGGUGGACUUUAUUUUUACUAUGGAUCUAUUGAACUUUAGUUUCUGGUCCGCGGAAAAGGACGAGUCGAAACGGUUCUGUAUCGAGUAUCGUGGGAGGAAAUGGACUGGCUACUGGAGUCUGGUCGCUGCUCUGCAAAGAGCCUUGGAUGAAGAUAUCCCAAUUACCACACCCGACUUUUGGGUGAAUAAGGUUGAAUGCACGGAUGAGCUUCUGAAAUAUGUUUUUCGCUCCGCAACGGACGAGGAGAUCCCUCUGUUCCAAGAGCGAGUGCAGUGCUUGCGUGAGGCCGGAGAAGUUCUCUGCAAUGAAUUCGGAGGCAGCUUUGUCAACUGCAUCGACGACGCCAACUACUCCGCUGCUGGCCUGGUCAAUCUGGUAGCCGAGAACUUUGCCUGCUUCCGUGAUGAAACAAGCUUCAACGGAAAAAGAGUGCGGCUCCUUAAGCGUGCGCAAAUACUCGUCGCAGAUCUGUGGGCCUGUUUCAACGGCGAAGACUUCGGCGAAUUCCAUGACAUCGACAAAAUCACCAUGUUCGCAGACUACCGCAUUCCUCAAAUGCUGAACCAACUUGGCUGCCUCCGCUACUCGCCUCCGCUGGACUCUCAUAUCCGCAGCCUGAAACCUCUCACGCCAGGGUCAAACUGGGAGAUUGAGCUGCGCGGCACGAGUAUCUGGUGUGUAGAGCUAAUCAAGCGUGAGAUCGAGAAGCGACAUCCCGAGGUGAAGAAUGCUGGCAAGAAGGGCAUUGUGAACUCGGGGCCGGACGAGAAUGACCGUGUCGAAGGCCCAGAAGAGCCUGCUGAUGGAAACCCCCACAAGACAUUCGGGAUCAACGCGAUCCUCAUAGACUUCUUCUUAUACGAUACGAUGAAGAGUUUGGAGGCAGAGCAGAACGAGAGUGUCCCGCACCACCGGACUAGAAGCAUUUGGUAUUGA